AUGUUGGACUACGCAUGCGGCAAUGGUCUCGCUUCCUGGGCACUGGGCUCGCCCGACAUGGCGAAUUUCGAUGCCGUGGUGACGUGUAUGGCGCUGCACCACUUCGAGCACCCGAGAGAGACUGCUGCGGCCGGGGGAGCUAUUGCCAUCACGGACUGGGCACCUACCAUGAAGGGCGGGGCGCUCGACGAAGCGGUCAAGGAGCAUGAGUCGAGGAAGGAGAAACACGCGGCGCACGGGACCAUCAAUAAAGAGUUUUUGUCGCCGGAGAAUGUAUUGGGCAUGUUUGAGGAGGCUGGAUGCGACAUGAGUACGGCCUACUACAUCGUCGUGGGUGAAAAGUCGCACAUCCCGGAGGAGAUCGCCAAAGUCCCCGGUGGCCUCCAUCCUACCAUGUUCCUAGCGCUAGCGAAACGGAAACUGUAA